ACUCUACUACAAGAAGAACCCGUCAUACUAACGGAAUUCACCGCCGUCUUUUCUGUAUCUGCAUCUUUUCGUACUGAAUAUUUUUAUCUCGUCCUGAGAAACGAAACUACAUACGUACUCAGUCACCAACCGUGUAAAAAGGCCGCAAGCUGCCCUCUCGUAGUACAACGUCCACCUGAGUGCAGUCGUUUCGAGCAGAUCGCAGGGAUUUUCAUCGGGCUCUUCGUCCUCUGCGCUAUUGAAAUCGCUUGAGUUGUUUGCAGACGUUGAAGUACUAUAAUUUACGAGCAAAAAUUAUAACUACCCGUGUGAGGUUAAUAUUAAAAAACUCGUUGUACUGACGUCAAUUCUUCUUCUUGUGCGAAACACUACAGCUUGUUUUUUUCGUAGUGAAGAACUCACCUCUACGACGAAAUCAUAACACGACCCACCAAGAUUUCAUCCACAAACUACGAUUUUUAAGCUCAUCUGGGCUCCGGCUUCCAUCCCUCGAGGGCUGCGUUUACAACUAUCGCAAAGCUUAACACGACUACGAAGAGCGUUCUGAAGGAUUUGUGUCCCGGUAGCUUUCAACGUCUUCGCGAACCAAUUUUUACCUUGAAAUUUUCACCACACAACAAGAACCUUCAUAAAAAAUUAUCACUCUAGCUGGUGUGCCUUCUACCGGACGAGUUGUGGGCACCCGGAGCUAUACAAUUGGUUGCGGGCUGAUUCAUUUGACCAUUAUGUUCUUGUAAAAAACAAAACUACCACAACAUGGCGACGCUUACGCAAACCAUCACCAAGCAGCCCAGGAUCUGCAAGGAGGGUGGGACUGAAGGUAUAGAUUUAAUACGAUUUAUUUUCGUAGAACUAGAAUGAUACAGACAAAAGUUGGAGGUUUUGACGCCCUGGUAGAAGACCACGUGUGAAAUUUAAUAAGUAACUCAAGUAGAAUAAGAUGUUGAUCUUGAUGCCUGGGUACUGCUCUCGCAUUAAUGCCAGUCUCGCAUAAUGUACAGGGAGGUCGUUGGGGUUCCACUUCCACCUUGGAAAAAUAAACAAUAAAACGCUAUAUCAUAUCAGGUGUCUUCCUUCCCUUCAGCGACGAUGAGCACGAGACGGAUGACGCCCUCCGGGCGGUGCUCUACAUCUUCUUCCUCGGGUGGCUCUUUCUGGGGGUCGCGAUCUCCUCGGAUACGUUUAUGUCCGGCAUUGAAAAAAUUACCAGUCAGAAGAAGCGGGUGAGGCACCCGACCGACCCCGCAAGAAUGGUCACGGUCACGGUUUUAUGGAUUGCAAAUAUGUCUGGGUCUGGAAGAAUGCAUGUUUGUCAUGCUUGUCUGGCAUGACUGUUAAAUCUGUCAUGCACGUUACCCAAGAGCUGCGUUUUUCUGUGAUGCAGAAGCGCAGUUUGUCAUGCAGAAUAGGCAACACCUAGGAGCUCAGAAACUUGUCAUGCUGAGCCAGCAUUUGUAGCCUCAUCAUGAGACGCUACCCAGCAUCACAAGUUCCCAGACCCAGACAUUUUUACAUUUGAUAGGUUUGGAACGACACGGUGGCGAACCUGACCUUAAUGGCCUUCGGAUCCAGCACGCCAGAAAUUUUGCUGUCGAUUAUCGAGCUCGUCAGUAUAGAGAUAUUUCUUUUCUUUUUUUCGAACAUACUGUAUAUGCAUAAUGAUAGCCCGUGCUUGCCGUACUUGCACUGAUAUUAAAACUGCAUGACAAAGAAAGUUUCUAUUGGCUAUCAUCGCAAUAGAAUAUGCAAGAAAAAAUUCUGAAAAAAUCAUUACCAUGAUCAUUCCCUAUAGGUAAGGACUUCUUCACGGGUGACCUCGGUGCGAACACCAUCGUCGGGUCCGCGUCCUUCAACUUGUUUCUGAUCAUCGGGCUCUGCAUUUCCGUGAUUGGGUCGCACGAAGUGCGGAUGAUCAAGGACAUGACGGUCUUCGGCAUCACCGCGUUUUUCGCCAUUUUUGCCUACCUCUGGCUCUACUUUGUGCUCCAAAUCGUCACGCCGAACAUCGUGGACAUCUGGGAGGGCGUGGUCACCUUUCUCAUGUUCCCCGGCCUCGUGCAGAUUUGCUACAUGGCCGACAAGGGCAUGUUUUCCAGCUCCCGCGACGAGGUGGUCACGGAGAAAGUCACCUACAGCGGUAUGAGCGAAGACGAAAUCGCAGAGUAUGCCGAAAAUCUGCGGGCGAAAUUUGGUAUUUUGAUAGAGAUUUUAUACGGCGUGGCUGGCUCUGGUGUUUGUUAGAAGAAGGGCAAAAAUUAUUCUUGAUCCGACAGUACCGCAUGUUUGCUUUUCAAAGAGGAAGACGGAACUACGGGCAGCACAAAUGGUCAAUCUCUUCUUAGUGGCUGCAAAAACUACAGAAUUUUAGCUAUAAUGAACUGAUAGAAUACGAAAAAGAAAAACACGGCAUCGAAAUAAACUUUUUUCAGGCAAGGAACUUCCUGAGGAUACGAUUUUGAAGCUGCUGGAAAAGGAGUUGCGACCCAAGAAAACACGGGCGACCUACCGACAGGAAGCCGUGAAGGGCAUGAAGCGUGGGUCCGCGACCAGCGAGGGCAAUCCAAGUUCCAAAGACAGUGCCGCAACAAACGUGCCGCACGUCUUUUGGGACGUGCCGGACAACCACUUUGUCUGCCUCGAAUGCGCCGGGACGGUGCAAAUCCCAGUCAAAUGCUUUUCCUCGACAAAAACGGUAUUGAUAAUAAGAAGGGAUAUUUUUGUGCUUUUUUCUUUUUCAUCAGUUGCUUUACGAACACAGCACCGGUACUAGGUUGUUGUAGCUCCUCUACCUCCUGUAAUUUUCAAUACCAUCAUCACUACACGAACACGUUUUGGUGCGUAUGUUUUCGGUCCAUGUAGUUGUUGACAGUAGACCUAGAAGCCUACUUUAUUCAAGUUGGAGGUCAACAAGAACUACCUCUGCAUCAAGAAAGCUAUGACCCUAAAAACUACUAUCAGGCUGUGCUCCACUACGAAACGCGCGAUGGCACGGGGAAAGACAAAACGGAAUACGUCGCGACGAGCGGGAAGCUAGAAUUUUCCCCCUCCACCAACGAGGAAACACAGUAUGUCUCCGUGCAGAUAUGGAUUGCAAAUAUGUCUGGGUCUGGAAGAGUGGAACUUGUAAUGCUGUCUGCGGAUUCUAAAAAAGUCUGUGUUGCAUGAGCAGCAAGAGGAGUCAGCUCUUGGCACGCAGAGAGGGCAUUUCUCAUGCGUAAUUAGCAUCAAGAAGCUCGCAAAAAAUCCGUGAUGCCAGCACCAGCAUCACAGACCUCACGGGCCAUGCAGAAUGUGCAUGCAGAAUGUGCAUGACAAGCCCCGACUCUUUCAGACCCAGACAUUUUUGCAGUUGAUAGCAGAUUGUUGACGACGAUAUAGUGGAACCCGACAUGGACUUCUACAUUGACAUCUUCCCAGAAGCGGGCACCUGUGAAGUCUUGUACUAUCAAUAAAAGAUAUUGGUUUUCGUUUUUUAAAUUUGGUUGGUAGAUAUUAUGUUCCUGUUCCAAAGGAAUUGAAAAGUCGUGGUGCCGUGAUUGUUCAACAUCAGACGUCGCAUGUAGUCGAUGAAACAGAAAGAACCGCGAGAGCAACAUAGUGAAAAUACAAGAACUACCCUAAAUUAAUGAUAUUAUUAAAACAGCGGUCCCACCCUCCACGUGACCAUCAUUGACGAUGACUUCCCGGGGGUGCUGCAAUUUGAAGCCGAGGAAAUCAAGAUUCCCCAUGGCGCCCAAUCGAUCGAGGCGAAAGUGGUGCGAAGGAAGGGCGGCAACGGGGAGCUGAAGUGCAAGGUGAAAACGGAAGAGGGCAGCGCGAAGGAAGCCGUGGACUUUGACCCCAUCGAGGAAGACGAUUUGGUCUUUGAGGACCAGGAAAUCGAAAAAACGAUCACGGUAAAUCUCCGACCCACGGCCACACGCGUAAGGGACAAAUUGGAAUUCCGUCUCUCGCUCACCGACGGACCGUUCAACCCGGAUACCGACGGCGGCGAGGAUGCAUGUACUACUGAUUAUUGUUUUUCGGAUUUUUUUUUUGUUGUCGGGUAAUAAAUACUUAUUGCUUAGACCACUAGCACGUCGAUUGAUAAAAAAAAAUCUGCGUGUUCUUGCAGCGAAAGGCUGCAAUAUCUGUUUACUGUACCGAAACGCUUUAUUGCGUUCAUUUCAGCAGCAUGCAGAAGAUGUUGGUAUUUUCAAAAAUAAAUCCCAUUUCCAACACCAUCAGGCUUUCUGUCCUUCGUUUUCGCUGCGGAGGGCGAAAAAACGGACAUGCUCUUGAAGGCGAAGUCGAGGCUAAGUGGAACUUACGACCGCAUGUAUGCAUUGCAAAUAUGUCUGGGUCUGGAAACUUGUGAUGCAAUAAAGGGAAUAGUGAGCAGACUGUAAUGCGCUGCCAAGCAUGUUGACAAGUUUUUCCGUGGUUCUGAGUUGCGUACUCCGCAUGAGAAACUGCGUUUUUGCAUGACAGAUUAUAUGAGCUGUUCGCGGCUACGCAAUACAGAGUUUAGAGUCAUGCCAGACUAGCAUGACAAAUCUCGCAAACUCCCAGACCCAGACAUUUUUGCAUUUGAUAGCAUGUUCGCAGGGACAACCUCAUGGGGACAGCAAUUUGUGUCGGCGUGCUACUGUACAACUACUAUUUAUCGAAAAUAAUUUGAUUUUUGUUCCUUGAGCACAACAUCGUAGUACAUGAGUUGCACUAUUGCAGCAAAGAGUUGUCCGAAGAAGUUCGUCUUCUAGGUACCACAUCGCAUGAUGAAAAAAAGUGCACAGUAGAAAUCGGAUCCAGCACAUAAUUAUUCGCGAUUAUCGAACCAAAUCCUUUCAACUACAUCUUCAUCACAGGCGGCGGCAGCAAGGAGGAGCAGGCGGAAGCGUCGUGGGGCGAAAUGGUCCUGCACGUGUUUUCCAUUCCCUGGAACCUGCUUUGCGCGUGCGCCCCGCCACCGUCGUACGGAAACGGGUGGGCGGUGUUCUACGCCGCUCUCGGGAUUAUCUGCUUCCAGACCGCGAUAAUAGCCGACGUGGCCGAGAUGGUCGGGUGCACACUGGACAUUCCCGAUAUGGUCACCGCCAUCACCCUGGUUGCGCUGGGAACUUCCUUGCCCGAUACCUUCGCCUCCCGAACGGCGGCGCUGCAGGAUGAGUACGCAGAUUCGUCGGUAACCAACGUGACGGGAAGCAACGCAGUGAACGUCUUCGUCGGGCUGGGUGUCCCGUGGACAAUGGGGGCGAUUUAUUGGUCAAUCGAGGGUAAAAAUCCUAAGGAUUUUUUUUUGUUUAUCAUUUUUUUAGUUGACAGAAGUAGCUGCUUCUUACAGUUGUUUUGCACUUCUUCGUUGUAUCAAUCUUCAUUCGGGUGAAGAUCCGUAAAAGGAAUAAUUUUGUUUGCCAUGUCCUAAUACACUUCAUUCAGUAGUUUUCUGUGUGACUGAUCUAGAUCUUGAUGUGAAAAAAUAAAAAUCUCUACCCCCUCAGGUGUUACGUGUGAAUGGAUGCAGAAGAUUGCGACCGUGAAGUCCGGGCUUCAAAUCAUGAAAGAUAACCCAGAUGGCGGUCUCGUGCACUACGGUGAGGAGCUGGGUUAUUCCGUCAUGAUCUACACCGUCGGCGCUUUGAUCGCGAUCGGCGCGCUCCUGUACCGAAGAAAAGCGGUGGGUGGGGAGUUCGGCGGCCCGGCGGGACUCAAGUACGGCGUCAGCCUUCUGUUCGUGUUCUUGUGGACCACCUACAUUGCGCUUUCCUCCUGGGUCUCCAUCGAGGCCGACAACAGCCGGCCGGCUAUCAAGGUCCUCGGAGGACUGCCAGCUUUGUGUAUCCCUUCUAUGAAGGCCGCGGCGCUAAACACUCCGCAAUAAGUAAGGUACUGAAAUGAAAUUGAAAAAAAGUAGUACUGCUGCUCAGUGGGCAAAGUACACGACGACGACGAUCCGUAGUAGUUUUUGAAAACCGUCUUUCUGUUCCCCGGCAGACGACAUGUUUUUCAUCAACCGCGCACGAGGUAGUUGCUAAGCAUAGUAAAGGAAUAUCAACACAAGCACGACUACGAGAGUAGUAAGUUGUCAAGAACGCAAUUUCUAAGUGCCAAAAUAAAUGUCACCGCUGCGGUAGAAGAUGAACAAAACUCAGAAGCAUACUAGUCCACCCAAGAACUACAUGCGAGCUUCGGAAGAACUAUCAUCCCCUCGAAGAUGUUACUUUAUUUGAAGAACUAGGUUACAAUAUGCGGCGUGCGUGAACUAGUUCAUCACGUCGGCACCGUCGAAGGAUGUGCGAUGAGCUUUCUUUUUUGUUGAGAUGCGUACGAGCAAAGUAUUGUGGCAAGAACAUCUUGUGGAAUUGUUUCGAAAUAAUUUCUAUGCUGGGCUAGAUCAUGGUCUUUGUUUUUUUGCAAAACAAAGUGAUGAAUGAAGACCGGUCUUUAAUCAUACACAGUUGUGAUGAGGCUCUGCUUGGAAUGAAACCGUUAUGUUGCACGAGCUCUUGCGGUUUCGAGCAGUUUUACCUAUCGAAGCGCAAAAGAAGUCAAAAAAUAUCAUUGGCGGAAUGAAACUGCAGCGCACAUGAUUCUUGCGAAAUAGAGCAGAAAUGGUUUAGUAAAUGUGCAAGACUAAAAUGGAUAGUUAACAUUUUCAUAUUCAUUUUGAUGGCAUCUUCUCAGAAUACGACAACUUCUGCAUGAAUCAGACUGGUAAAUGAACCGACUCAAAUGCCUUGUAUACAAGAAUCAAUCUUCCCUGUACAUUUCGAAAAUUUUCGCGGUAGCUCCUAUAAAACGAACUCCUUGACAAGACCUCAUCCUAGUAUGCCGACGUAGAAAUAAGCCUUCUAGGUGGACCACGGAACUAGUAGAACUAGAACUACGAGAAACAAAACGCUUGCAUGAAAAGCAAGCAGGUGAAGACAACAGUAGUCCGCGUUUGCAGCUUCUGCCCUGCCUCGUCCCCGCGAAAAGUAGGGUGGAAGCGAAAUGCAAGUAAUCCAAAAUUUUUUGCAGUGUAACACCUAGUCUAGUGCGACGAUGAGUAGUCUACUUAAAAACCAAAUUUAACAAAAAUCAUGUCCUCGUCCUAUGCAAGUUUCAAAAGUUACCCAAUUCGUUAUUUCCUGUCUGAAUGAUCACGAGAACAACGUGGAAUGAUACUUAUUAUAUGGUCAAGCAAGAGCAGGUCCAACGGCCGCGCCUGGUCGUGAGAACUAGUAGACGCUUGCUCUGAGCUGACCACAAGAAUGCUUACAAACGAACACUUGCUCGCCCUUCAACUUCGCCCUCUUUAGGUUCCCCAUGCUACUUCCUUCCGCUCUUGAAAAACGAAAUAACCAGCGAUCUAGGUGUGCUUUCCAUAUUUUAUUUUUAUUAAGUUUUAGAUUAGUUUACUUUGCUAUGCUUAUUGUUGUACUUCUCUUAGUAAGCUUUUGUGUAAAAAGGUAGUGUCAACACCGGGUGCUACAUGGAAGAUUUGAGAAUUCAGCUGCAUUUCACUACAAGUGUGCACGAAUUUACAGCACAGUUGAAUAUUAUAUGCUUUUGCACUACUUUGCAGAAUAUAUGUCAUCCAGCACCUCGUCAAGAAAUACAAAUGUGAAU